AUGACCCGAAGUCAAGCAUUUGAUGUCACCAUUGACACGGGUCGAAAAUCAUCACUACUUGCUGAGAUGGUCCAUUUGAAUCGUAUCCUAUUACAGAUCAAUGAUUUCAACGUCCGUGCCCCCGAAGAAGAGUUAGACCCUAAGGCUAUCACUAGCAACAUUAAAAAUCUUUCGCAUCAGCUUGACUUGUGGUUUGAGGAACUUCCGAAUCACAUAUGGGAUACCCGGGAAAAUAUGGAACGAUGCUGUUCUACCGAUUCCUACAUGACGACUCAAGGAUUUACCACGCAGACCCGAUACUAUGCAGAUAAAUGCAAGCAGCAUGCCAGCAGUUUAUGUGACAUCGUCCAUGCUUCUGAUGAAGAACCCGGCUGCGACGUCAAGUACAACAUGAUUGGCCACGUACCUGUCAUCUCUUCCACCGUGUAG